AUGAAGUUGCAGUCUGGUAAUAUUGAAGUUGCUCUUGACUAUCUAUCUGAAGCUGUGCAAUUGUUUGCUCAAGUUUUUGGGCCACUACAUGUCAACAUAGCAAACUGUUAUAAAGUUAUUGCACGAAUUCAUCAUGCUUUAGGAGACAGUAAACUAGCAAUAUCAUAUCAGCACAAAACUGUCAUUAUGUAUGAGAGACUGCUAGGAGUGGACCACUCCAGCUCUAUAUCAGCCUAUGUUAGUUAUUAA